GACUGAUUGAGUGUGGCUGCUUUCUUGGCUAUGUCUCCGCGAAUUCGAAAUCGGUAGCCGCAUGGAUUGUGUCCAUCGCAUACUUUUUGUGUUGACGAGGGCUGCGUGGACGGUCAGGCGGAGUGCGCCGUGGUGCAGUCCUUUCUUGUGAAGAAGAAGAAGAAGAAGAAGCAGAAGAAGAUGAAGAUGAAGAAGAAGACGAAGGAGCGGAGAAGAUGAUACUCUGUUUCGGAGUGUGUGCAUGCAGAUGUCGGUGUGGUCAGUGCGGUGGUUUAAGAGGGGAAUUGAGUGCGUUGGCCGAUUUCGGAUGUGCACUUGGACGGCGACGGGUUCGCCAUGCGGUGUUGCGAGUUUCGUGACUGGCGGAGUUUGUGUUUCGUAGCAAGAACGGCGGUGGUGUUCAGUUUGUGUUGACGUUCAGGGACUGCGACUCUCUCAAAUUGAGGAUUACAGGAGUGGUAACUUGAGCCUGAUUCAAGCCUGGGGGGAGAGAGGGAGAGAGAGAGAGAGUUGAGGAACUCUAUUGUAGAUGUGAAAUUUGGUUAUCCGGAGGUUGUAUAGUUUGAUCAUGCUUUUGAAAAAGUCUUGAGGACCGUUAGGGUAUAUUGCUACGUGUAAGCAUUGAAUAAAUGGGCUUUUGUAGAUUCGUUCUAUCGUUGAUUCCGUAGGAUGUUCUUGAAGUAAAGUUUUUCUCUAGCGGCGAGAGUUUAUGUUGCAUGGUUUGGUUCAUCGAUACCGGUUUAAAGCGUUCUCAAGUCCUUGAAAUGUAUCCGUCGUGACCACAAUUUCUUGGACAAUUAUUGCAGCGGAAAUAACCCGGAGUCUGGGGCGGAGGAUUGUGUAAAUUGAUCAAUGCGUGAUCGGUCAACAUGGGGUUACACAGUCAUGGUUGGUUGCGUUUCUGCUCAUGCUGUGAAUAAUGCCCGACUAUGCGGUGGCUUUAGAAUCUCCAAAAGAAACAAAUGGUGAGCGGGGCAAACAUUUAAGCCACACGCCAUCAUCCAACAGUAUCGACGAUGAAUCACGAGGCAGCGGCAAACCAAAAUUAGGAGCUUUCCGUGCUAUAAUCACCACCUCCAAGUUUCGCAAUUCUUUGAAAAAGCGGCGCAGUAACAGUUUGACUCGUGUAACAAGUUUGGCCCUACCUAUUGUGGAUAUUCGUGAUGACAAGGACCAGAAGGCUGUUGAAGAACUUCGCAAGGAACUUUUCGACAAAAAUCUGCUUCCUCCACAGCAUGAUGAUUACCACGCCCUUCUGAGGUUUUUGAAGGCAAGGAAAUAUGACGUCAAGAAGACCAUAGAAAUGUGGAGAAAUAUGCUAGCGUGGCGCAAAGAUUUUAGGACAGAUACAAUUAUCGAGGAUUUUCUUUUUACAGAGAUUGACACAGUAAGGAGAUUUUAUCCACAAGGGCAUCACGGGGUGGAUAAAGAAGGCAGGCCUGUUUACAUUGAAAGAAUUGGCAAAAUACAAGCACAGAGCUUGUUGGAAGUUACUACACUUGAGCGGUAUUUAAAAUUUCAUGUACAAGAGUUUGAGAAGCUGCUUAACUUGAAGUUUCCAGCAUGCUCUGUCGCCGCAAACAGACAUAUUGAUACCACCACCACCAUCCUUGAUGUAUCUGGAGUGGGCUUAAAAAACUUCAGUAAACCUGCGCGAGACCUGAUUCUUGCCAUCCAGAAAGUUGACAACGACAAUUAUCCAGAGACGUUGGCAGGGUUAUUUAUUGUCAAUGCAGGGCCAGGAUUCAAAAUGCUUUGGAGCACAGUCAAGGGCUUUUUGGACCCCAACACCGCCGCAAAAAUACACGUCAUUGGUACCAACUAUCAAAAGAAACUUCUUGAGAUUAUCGAUGAAAGUAAUUUGCCAGAAUUUCUGGGCGGAGGUUGCAAUUGCCAAACAGAAGGAGGAUGUUUGCAGUCUGACAAGGGCCCCUGGAAGGAUUCUGAUAUAUUGAAGGUUUUAAACGCGGCAGAACAGAGCAAAGUUGGCCGAGAGAGUGUGUCCUCUGCAAGGGAGCACGCGGCUUCUUCUCAUUUUGACGACAUAAAAAGGGAAAUCGGAGACCAGGGUAGUGGAGUAGAAGAAUCUACUGCAGAGUCUGGACCAAAGAAAAACGAGACUCGUGCCGACGAUGAUGUGUUAACCGUGAAAGAAGAGGUCGUCGUAGGCAACAAAGAUGUCACGAGCGGAUGCGGUAAACACGCCGCUCCGAACUCUUCAGAGAAGACGGGGGUUCGGUGGACGACAGGCAUGCAGGCUCGAUCGAUGUUGUGGUCUCUGCUGUGGGCGUUGGUAGAUUGGCUAAGCCGACCGUUGAGGCUUGCGAUGAGGAAUGUGCACGAGAAAGAGGCAAAGGAGCGGAUGAGAUUAGAUGAGUAUGUGAGAACGACGGGGCUUAUAUCGAAUCGUGUGGCAAUGCUUGAGGAAGAUUUCAGCACAUUGUCUUCAACGUGUAAUUCAGCUGCCAAAUCACCUCCAGUGGAUCCUUCCGAAGAAAAGUUCCAAGCUCUGGAAGCGGAAAUAGUAGAAGCAAAGAAGAACAUUGAAGAGGUGUUAGCAAAGCAGGAGGAGCUAAUGAACGAACUGCAGCAAAUGAAGGAGUACCGCAUGAUGAAAAAGAAGCGACAUCACAGGCUGCUUUUGUUGUGAGCGCUUGGAUUGUCCGAAGUGAAGGUUCGAAGGGAUGCAUUAAUGUUAGGCCAUGCUUUCGACUUUGUCUUAACCUUCAUGCCUUCGCAACUAUUAUUGAGAAUCCAAUAAUUUUUCCUGUUCGUCUUGAAUACCAGCAGGUGCUCAAACCUAAGUAAAGUUUUGCUUACAGCAUAAUCCAGCAUUACUUAACAUGGAGACAUGGCUGGUGCUAAAGUAACAAAUAGGUUCGAUUGUUCAGUAACCUUUGGAGGGUCGUGGAUUUAAUGAGUUUUUAGCCAUCGCAUUUAGCUUCCACACUAUGUGCUAGUGCAUCUGCUGGUCUGUGUGGACUUGGAUAAGGUAGCAUGCUCUCCUUUCCUAUUAGAAGAUAGCCUGAUUCCAGACAGGUGGACAGAAACGUAGUUCUUGUAGUAUUUUAGCAUUGAUUUUGCGUUACUAGUUGUGCAUGGAUCACUUUUUACUGACACGAAUAUGGUUUACAGUUUACAAGCAGGAGUCUACUUGCUUAUAGAAGGGGCACGUUUUGAAGAACUGAACGUAGUCCUUGGUUUAGUCUAUGUUGGAGUGGGAUAUGUAUUAUGAACUCACGGUGUUCUGUACAUGUAAAUGUAUCAAUCUUUCCGCAGGUGAUUAUGGAAAUGUAUCUGUGAUGUUAGUAGA